AUGGCCCUCGGGCCUUCCUCCCCAGCCUGGGGAUGGAAGGUCAGGCUGGACGAGCUGCAGGCAGUGCUGGCUUUUGGGGAAGGUAAGGCGGAUACCAGGGGCCUGUCUUGGACUGAGCAUCAGGCCCUCUCCCGGCAAAUACGAAACCAGGUCUCCCUGUUGGAGGAACUGGCGGGGGGGAUGUCUAGGAAGCUUACAGCAUGGAAAAGGGAAGUGGGGGUCCCCCAGGGAGCUAUGGCCCACACCAGGGCCGAUAUCCAGCUGCUCUCUGGGCUGCUGGCUGAGUGCCGUGAACUUGCCAGCAGUGGCCUCCACUUCCUAGAACAGCCCCCCCCGUCCCUGGAGGUGGGAGAGGGUACCGAGGAGGAGGUAGUCCCUGAGACCCCCCCUGAGGUGGCUAGUGCCAGCAAGACCCCUCAGGCCUCCCUCACCUAUGCUGAGGCUGCAAAGGGUGAGGGGGUUGAGGCUAGGGUCUUUAUGGGGCUACCUUCUGACAGGCUCCGGGGUCUGCUUGUGUCCCUGAAGGCCCAGCAUGCCGAGGCAGACUCUGGCCUAGCUGGGGUCCAGGCAGAGCUAAGGGAGCAGAGGGAAAAAUCAAACAGGACCUCUAAUUACAAAAGAGGUCCUUUGAGGGCCGCUAUAGCUGAGAAAAAAUUAGUGGAGCAGCAUCUAUCCUACACCCUGCUCCAGACUGAAAAGAAAAUAGCAGACAUCCAGGCCAUCCUGCAACAGAGAGCCAAGGACGCUGCGAGGUCCAGGAGGCAGAGGGCUAUGGAGGGCAGGAGGGACAUGUCCCCAGGUGAGGAGUCCAGCAAGGACUUGGAUUCCAACUCCCAUCACUCACCUGGGGAGCCGUCUACCUCUGCCCUUGCUACUCCAGGGGGCGCUGCUGAGACGGAGGGGAAGGCCAGAGAGAAGGACAGUGAAGAGGAGUGGGACGGAGAGAAAGGUGAAGAGUGGCAGCUGAAAGUGCAGGACAGAGGUCGAGGGCUGAUUAAGGAGUCUCUCCUCAAGUUUGGAAACGAACUUGGGGAGGACUCCGUAAAGGACAAAAAGAAGAAAAAGAAAAAAAGAAAAACAUCGCCCGGCGUCAGCCUGAGACCUCUGUCAGGGGGUCUGGAGAUUCCACAGAGGAGGGUGA